AUCCCUACCUUGGGGGGAGUCUUUUGCAGAGAGUGUGAGACCAGCUCAGAUUCCAACUCCUCUUGUACUCUAGCUCUGCAGCUUCAGUAGCUCCUUAGUAAUACCUAGCAAUUUCCCUAAGUGUCAGCUGCAGCUGCUGUAGGGAAACAAGAAAAAGGAAGGCGGGAGCAUUAUCUAGGUACCACUGAGUUCGUGCGGAGCUGCUGGAAAGAAAGGAAAAGAAGGGAAAGAGGCAGCCGCAGAGGCGGCGGCGGCGGCGGCGGCGGCGGCAGCAGCAGCAGCAGCAGCAGCUGUGAGGUUCUGCUUUGCUCAAGGCUCCUCAAUCUGCUGUACAUACGCGGCUCUGGAGGUUCUUUUUCUCUCCUACAGGGGAAGGCGAAGGCUCCCCUAUGAACCGCAAGACAAGCGAGAAUGUGGAAUAUACCCUGCGGAGCCUGAGCAGCCUUAUGGGCGAGAGGCGGAGGAAGCAACAGGAUCCAGACUCGGCCAUCGCUUCUGGAGAACAGAGCCUCAUUGCUGCCACCGAGUCAUUCUGCAGCUUGCAGGGGAGUGGUGGCCCAGGCCCAGGCUCCAGCACCUACCUGGGCAACAGCGGGGAUCUGGAGAGGGCGGCGCGGCGGCAAUUCCAGCAGAACGAGACCCCUUCCUUCGUCUACAUACUGUCCGUCUUCUCAGCCCUGGGCGGCUUCCUGUUUGGCUAUGACACUGGAGUCGUGUCGGGGGCUAUGCUGCUCCUGAAGCGGCAGCUCAGCCUGGACACGCUGUGGCAGGAAUUGCUGGUGUCUGGAACUGUGGGGGCGGCUGCCGUCUCGGCAUUGGCCGGCGGGGCCCUCAACGGCGUAUUUGGCCGCCGUGCCGCCAUCCUGCUGGCCAGUGCCCUCUUCACUGCUGGCUCCGUGGUACUGUCGGUGGCGCAGAAUAAGGAAACGCUGUUGUCGGGCCGAGUUGUUGUGGGACUCGGGAUCGGUAUUGCUUCCAUGACAGUACCAGUGUACAUUGCAGAGGUUUCUCCACCCAAUCUAAGAGGCAGAUUAGUUACUGUUAACACGCUAUUCAUCACAGGAGGGCAGUUCUUUGCAAGUGUUGUUGAUGGAGUUUUCAGUUAUCUUCCAAAGGAUGGAUGGAGGUAUAUGCUGGGCCUUUCAGCUAUCCCAGCAAUAAUACAGUUCCUUGGAUUUCUCUUUCUACCGGAAAGCCCAAGAUGGCUCAUUCAGAAAGGACAGACUCAGAAAGCUCGAAGAAUUUUAUCACAAAUCCGAGGCAACCAGACAAUUGAUGAGGAAUAUGAUAGUAUCAGAAACAAUAUUGAAGAGGAGGAAAAAGAAGUUGGUUCAGCUGGACCUGUGAUCUCCAGAAUGCUGACAUACCCUCCAACUCGCCGAGCUUUAAUUGUGGGUUGUGGCCUACAAAUGUUCCAACAGUUAUCAGGCAUUAACACCAUCAUGUAUUACAGUGCUACCAUUUUGCAGAUGUCAGGAGUUGAAGAUGAUAGACUUGCGAUAUGGCUAGCCUCAGUUACAGCUUUCACAAAUUUCAUCUUCACACUAGUAGGAGUCUGGCUUGUUGAGAAAGUGGGCCGAAGAAAACUUACACUUGGUAGCUUAGCAGGUACUUCUGUAGCGCUCAUUAUCCUUGCUUUGGGAUUUUUGCUGUCAGCUCAGGUCUCACCACAAAUCUCUCUUAAGCCAACAGCUCCUUCAGAUCAGAACUCUUCUUGCACAAAAUACAGUUCCUGUGAUGGAUGCAUGCUUGAUCCAGGCUGUGGAUUCUGCUAUAAGAUGAACAAAUCAGAUGUGGUUGACUCCUCAUGUGUUCCAGUCAAUAAAGCAUCAGCAAAUGAGGCUGCCUGGGGCAGGUGUACUAAUGAAACCAAAUUCAAAGCAGAAGAGUUAUUUUGGGCUUACAAUUUCUGUCCAACUCCAUAUGCCUGGACUGCACUUUUGGGCCUUAUUUUAUAUCUCGUUUUCUUCGCACCUGGAAUGGGACCAAUGCCUUGGACAGUGAAUUCUGAAAUCUAUCCACUUUGGGCAAGAAGUACAGGAAAUGCAUGUUCAUCUGGAAUAAAUUGGAUUUUCAAUGUUCUAGUUUCACUGACCUUUCUACAUACAGCAGAGUACCUUACAUAUUAUGGAGCCUUCUUUCUCUAUGCUGGAUUUGCUGGUUUGGGACUCAUUUUCAUCUAUGGUUGUCUUCCUGAGACCAAAGGGAGAAAACUAGAGGAAAUUGAAUCAUUGUUUGAAAACAAAUUAUGUACAUGUGGUACUUUAGAUUCUGAUGAAGGGAGAUACAUAGAAUACAUUCGGGUGAAGGGAAGCAAUUAUCAUCUUUCUGACAAUGAUGCUUCUGAUGUGGAAUAAGUUUCAGCUGCUGACCUAUACAAACUUUAAAAAAAAAUCUUCUGGGGGAAGAAUAAUAGCUUUUGGUGACUUUACUAUCCUAUUUCUGGUUUGGUUCUCUUUUAUUUGGUUCUUUUUACAGUCUAGUUUUAAAUAUCUUCAUAAUUCUAAAAUAAUUAGAAAAAUAAUAUGAGAAAUUUUAUUCAGGAGCAGAAAUAAGAAAUUUGGUUCACAGAUAUUUUAAUCUACCAAUUCUUGGCCAAAAUUUGGUAGUUUCUGAUUAGUCUAAAAUGCAUUUAGUCCUCUGACAUCCUUAUUUCCUGACUAAUAUAUUUAUGACAAUAUAGCAAAUAGAAAAUAAUCUAAAACAUUAAAAUGUGAUUUACUUCUACAUGAAAAGAUUUUGGCUGCUAUAUGGCGGUGUUACUUCCCCAAAAUGCCAUACCUGAAAUCAGUUUGAUCAACCAUAAUUUACCUAUUAAUGGCUAUUAAUUAAAAAAGAUUAUUUAAAGUUAUAUCAAAGUACAAAGAGUCUCUCCUAUAAGAAAGAUACAGAUCUAUUUCUCACCAUUAUAGUUUAGUAGAGUUUCUCUUUGAGGCCAAAUCAGGUUCUAAGAGAAGAUGCAAUAGACUGAUUCUGCAUUUAGAAUCUUUUGAGGAUAAUUUUGCUGUCCUAAACUGGCACACACAAGCUAAUACAGUUUGAUGACUGCAUUUUAUUUGCCAGUAUAAGAUUAAAAGGGUUUCACUGGAUUCUCUAAUUAAAUAAUAAUUUAGGUACCCAUUUACAAACAAAAAAUAACAUAAGACCACCAACUAUUUGAGGAAAUACUUUUUAUGGUUGCUAAAAUACCAAUUGAUAAUUACUUCUGGCUUAUCGAUAUUCAUGUUCUGCUUGUUUUUCUUUUAUUAGCAUUAUGCAAAUA